UAUUUGAUAGAUAUGGAAAUUGAUAACGAAGAAAUGAGUUUUGAUUCACUUGGUUCUCAAUUAUCUCAAAAAUCAACCAAAACCAUCUAUGCGAAAUUAUUUAAGUUAUCAAAAAAGACUUUUAUUUAUGAUGCACAAAAUAAAAUGAACAAUCAAGAAAUAGAAACAGAAACCUUUUUUAAUAUUAAUAAUCCUGCUAUUAUUAAACACAAAGGAAGACCUUCAAAAAAGCUCAAAUCAAAUGCUAAAAAGUCUGUAUCCAAGCAGGAAAAGCAAGUUUUAAGUAAUAGUACUAAUGUUAUAGAAAAAGAGACAAAUGAGACAAAUAGUACAAUGGGCUGA